AUGUCGACCCCCGCCACACGGCGGAGCGAGCGCAAGCGGGCACCCAAUCCCCGGAUUGCUGAUCUCGACUCUUCACCCACGCAGAGGGCGCCACCUGCCUCGAAGAAACGAAAGGCAAGCGGUCAAGCCGCCCCUCGAGCUCCACGGCGCCAGCGAACACCGGAGGAUGAAGUCACCGAUGUCUCAGACGAGGCCUCGGAUGAUGAGACCGCCGUGGAUGAUGAGCCCGAAGAUACCGCCGAUCUUAUCAUACCUUAUCUAAAGACCGCCUCCGAUUCUGUCGCCGUUACUGAAGAGUAUCCAAACCAUAGAACAGAAGAGAGGUAUGGCAAAGGAAACAUCAACGCAUUUGCAAAGAUAUGCGGCAGGGAGUGGACAUACUAUGUCCUUUCCUCUCAUAUCUUCUUUGGACGAGCGCCGGAUGGGUUUCAUGCUCGACAAGCUCGAGAGGAAACGGCUGCGCAGGAAAGCGGCGAUGACCAGCCACCGAUCGAUAUUGAUCUGGGGCCAAGCAAAGUGGUAUCGAGGACGCACGCCGAGCUGAGAUAUAGCCAGUCGGAUGACGGAUGGCACGUUCAUGCGUACGGGCGCAAUGGCGUCAGGGUGGAUGAGGCCAAUCUUAAAAAAGGGCAGAACACAAAAAUCAAGAGUGGCACUAUUAUCACCAUCGCAGGGACUGAGAUGCUCUUCCAAUCAGCAAGCGGCAAGACUGAAGUUCAUCCUUCGUUCCUUGAUAGAGUGCUUGAGCAUCAGAACAAUGAAGGGUUGGAUGCCGAACUCGGGACUGGGUACCAUCAGCCUCUUCCAGACCGUGCCAUACGGGCGCUUCCAAGUGGCCCACCACCGUCUUACCCUCAGCAGUACGCAUACACAAGACCGAAUCUCAGCCAACAGACUACAAUUGCUCCUGGGCCAUCCGAACUUGCACGACCCGUUACACCAGAACCUUCGCCAUCAAAACGGCCAGCGACGGGCUCAGCGAAGAAGCGAUCGCCUAACUCAUAUAAACGUGGAAUCAUGAUGGAGUCGACUGAGCAGAUCGACUAUUCGUUGGACUCCUCGAAGGAUCUGAAGCCUGGCUGCAGCUAUGCGUCGAUGAUUACCUGGGCAAUCAUUUCCACAGAUGAGCAGGCCCUUAGCCUGAAUGGUAUUUACACUUGGAUCAAAGCGCAUUACGCAUACUAUCGACUUAUCAAUUCAGGGUGGCAAAACUCGAUCAGGCAUAACCUUUCCCUGAAUCCUGCAUUCGACAAGGUCCCUCGACGUCCUGACGAGCCGGGAAAAGGCAUGAAAUGGCGCCUAGUACCCGAACACCGCCAGGCGACACUCAACUUAGCAAGUAAGAACGUCAGCAAAGGCGGAGGUCGGGUCUCAUCUGCGCCUGGCACUCCAGCCGGAGCUCCAAAAACCGGCGGCUUCCUCCCACCUCUUACUAAUGGCAUGAAGACAUCUCCAACAGAUCGUAGUACACCGCCUCUGUCCUCGUAUCCACCAGCACAGCAAGAGUCAUAUACACCAACCCGCGGCCCUCAAAUGCCAAUCUACGCCCCUACCCAAGGCGGACUGCCGGUGCUAUCUGACGAGACUUCACCAAUGCCCAGACGCCGCCCAAAUGGACACCUCACAGCCAUUGACUCUUCUCCAACACUCACAUCUGGCGCUUGGGCUCACGACGCACCGAUGAUGCGUACACCAGCACCCAGACCACACAACCUCAACAUGCCGCAGCCCAAUACGGUCAAGCUUCCCACCAGCCAUCUUGCGGACAGCAGUCCUGCACCAUUCUGGCGUUUCGAAAACUUUGGUAGCACGCCUGCUCAACCAUGGCCAGAGAUUAGCCCGAUGAGGAACGGAACUGGUGGUGCAGUAGCGAUACAGAGUAGUAGUCCACCACCAGUUGCGAAUGGGGCCGAGAGCCCGACGAGGAGGGCGAAGCCGCCUGUGGGACCUUACGGACCAACUGCGUAUGGAGGAAAUGGAAUGAAGGAUGAUGAGGACGGGGAAAUUGAUAUCACGAGGGGUUUUACUAAAAUCAGCUCUUACCAUCAGCAACGCAGCAAUGUUGCCUCGAACGGCAUCCAAUCUUAA